UGUGAGUGUGUGUGGUGCAACAAAUUAAAGUUAGAGAGAGAAACACAAAGCAAACAAUACAAUUUCAGAGAGAGAAAGAGAGAGGUGAAGGCAUAUCAUCAAAGCCAAAAAAUAUUUCUUGAGGGCAUGUGUUUUAUGUGACCCUCUCUUGGUCUUUGAACAGUCUUCUUUCUUCCAUUAUUUCCUUGCACACAUACACAAUCUCAUAUGUGUAUGUGUAUCUCUCUCUACAUCUUUAUCACCAGACCAUGAGGAUCAGAAAGCGUUUGGCACCAUCUUCUAUCCCUAUAUCACCUCUUUCAGAUCUCCAGCUCCACCGAUCAGAGGCGGCGCCACCCGAUCAGCCCUUUGGUCAAAGCAUGGCGACCGGCAGAUGGGCUUCCCAUAGAAACGAUGAAACUCAAGAGAAGAUGAAGCAAAAGUGGCAGGAGGUGUUUGGAGAUGAUGAGAAAUGGAGAUUGGAAUUGGAAGAGAAGAAGAGUUGUAAUAAUGAUAUCAGGAAAAUAGUUAGCAUCUGUGGUGGAGAAGAAUUAGGUGCUAACAAAACUCACCCGCCCCCAUCAUCUUCUUCAGCUCAUCAAGAGAGUUGGUGUGAAGGAGACUGUAAGUUAGUUCCGUUGAAGAAGCGAAAAGGGAGCUUCGAGAGAAAUCCAAAACAGGAUACAGUGAUCAGUGCAAAAAUGAAGUCGAAAACUAACAAGAAAUGUGGUGAUCAUAAUCAAGAACCAGUGAUGAAAUUAGAGGAAAAUGGGAUUAGUAGUUCUGCAAGUGGCGGUGGUGGCCCAAAGAAGAACAAGAGGGGGAAUGUGAUCAUGGAAGGGUCCCGGUGCAGCCGUGUAAAUGGGCGGGGGUGGCGGUGCUGCCAGCCGACGCUUGUGGGCUACUCUCUCUGUGAGCAUCACUUGGGAAAAGGGAGGCUGAGAAGCAUGGCCCAUGUGCGGCGGUGCGUGGAUGCUGGUGGGAGUGCAUUACCACCAUCGCCAAGUACUACUGAUGGAGACUGCUCUGACAAACAGAUGACGCUUCCACCGCCGAUGGUCACCAAGAAAAGGACAAAGGUUGGUGUGGUUAAAGCUAGAUCGAUGAGCAGCUUGCUAAGCCAAAUUUGAUGGUGAUCAUCAAUAUAUAUAUAUAGUAGUAUUCAUAGUUAGUUAAUGGCAAUCAAAAUUUGAAGUGGCAAAAGAGUAGAAAACAUGAGCCUUUUUGCAUGUACUAAAUUUAAUCAAUGAAAAACAUGCAUGCAUGUCCGAUUGUUAGAUGAAUUGCAUGUCUUGUAAUGAAGAAACUUCAGUUUGUAUUGAGCUUGAUUAAAUUGAAAUUAAUUAAUAUAU